AUGGGACUCAGCUGCUUCAAGUCCUGGAAACACGACAGUACGGGCCACAAAGGUAACCGAGACGUGCUGGCCAGCCCCGGCUCCUAUUUCUUCCUGUCCAACAGCGCCGGUCAGGGUGACGAGUGGUUGAAGAGUCUCAAUAAAGGAGUCUGGAUCCCUUUCACAGGAGUUUUUGGUCAACGUCUUGAGGAAACUGUGCUAUAUGAGCGACGUUAUGGGAUGCAUUUGGUUCCUCUGGUGGUGGAGCAGUGUGUGAACUUCAUCAGGGAACGUGGUCUGCAUGAGGUGGGCUUGUUUCGCCAGUCUGGACAGACCAGUUUGGUCAAAGAGCUGCAGGAAGCUUUCGAUUCGGGAGAGAGACCGACCUUUGACAGCAGCACUGAUGUUCAUACAGUGGCAUCUCUGCUGAAACUUUACCUCAGACAGCUGCCAGAGCCUCUGGUUCCUUACAGCCGAUACCAGGACUUCCUGGUCUGUGCUCAGAAGCUGUCGAGGGACCGCACACUGGGUCUGGGGGAAUUGAGGAAUCUUCUUCAUGAGUUACCAGUUGCAAAUUUCAACCUGCUAAACUUUAUCUGCCAAUUUCUGAAUGAAGUCCAGAGUUACUCCAGUAGUAACAAGAUGAGUGUCCAGAACUUGGCCACUGUGUUUGGACCAAACAUCCUCCGAGCCAAAGCUGAAGACCCACAAAGCAUCAUGGGAGGUGCAGCACUGGUCCAGAUGCUGAUGUUAGAGCUGAUAAGAGAACAUGAGCCUCUUUUCUCCAGAGUCCCUCCGGCUGACUCUGCACGUUCACUGGGAGGUUCACAUGCAUCGCUGAGUGCUCUGAAGCCACAUCAUAUCCAGCCGGCGCCAUGCAUUCGCCACCUGUCUCUGCCAAUCAUUGCAGACUGCUCCAGUGACUCCGACCAGCCUGUUACACAUGUGGACAACUGCUCUAUAUUUUCUGCUGCUCCUGCCAAAUCAGACUUGUCCUCUGGUCAAAAGAUACAUCUUGGCCAUCGCUACACCUCCUCCCACCCAGAGAACUGCUUCUACCCCCCACCCUCCUCCAGCCAGUCCGUCCAGCACCACUCUGACAGACACAAUGCAGAUUAUUACCAACAUCACGCCAGCCACGGAGCAUCUACUGCAAACGCUCCAGCUACCACAGCUGACCAGCAGCAAUCCGAUGGCUCAAAGCCAGCCAUGGUUGUGGGUUGGGCUGAAGCUUGGCCGGGACCAGAGGAAGGAGCCUCAGCUUUCUGGAGCUCUGGCGGUGCCGUGGAGAAAGGUGUUGUACCAGAGACAGCCAGCAGGGGCAGCAGUGAGGCUCCAGAGGACAGCACCCCUUCUGCCUACGACAACCUUGACAGAGCAUCUGUGUGUCAGACUAUGGAGAACGAAGAAGCUUUUGAAGCUGACUCUCCAAGAAGCAAUGCUGGGCCCUGUGAAGCAGAGAAGGAGCAGGAGGAGGCGGGGCAGACACGGCACUCUUCUUCCUCAUGGUCUUCCUGUGAGGGUCUACCACUAGAUGACAGCCACAUUGAUGAUGAUGAUGAUGAUGGGACAGUUCUUCCUGAUGUGUCACCAAAGAGAGCCGAAAGGCUACUUUCAAGUCAAAAAGCAGAAGAAGAAAAAUGCAACACAGACAAUCCAGAGGAUGACAACAAAAUCCAUGAUGAUGAUGAUGAUAGUGAUGAUGAUGAUGAUUCAAACCAUCCAAACUCUCCAGCCUCAUGCUCGGUACCAAGUGACAGUCCUCUCAGCACAGGCAGCUCAGAGGUCUUCCUCCCCUCUGGACCUCCAAACCCUCAGGGGCCAGAGCCUCAGUUUGAAGCCAGGGACUCUGAAUCCCUGGUGUCCAAGCUGCAGCAGCAGAUGGCCCAGCAGAGAGCCGAGUACCAGACCAGGAUACAAAGGUUGGAGCGAUGUAACGACCUCCUGGAGCGGCAGGUCACCGUCCUCCGCCUCAGUCUGGAGCAGCAGAGGCGAAGCCAAAGUGUUGCCGAGAUCAAGAUCCGAAACAUGGAGAGAGCCAAAGCCGAUGCCGACCGCCGAAACACCACGCUCCAGAGAGAGAUGGAGAAGUUCUUCCAGAUGUACGGAGAGAUCAGGAGCAGAGAAGAGCAGGGAGGGCGAGGGAGCAUCUGAAGAUGGAGAGUUGCUAUUGUUGAGUCAGAGGAGUUCAGUCUGAGUCAGCAGAAAUCUGUUUCCUCUUGAACUGAGUGAGAUGUGUCUGAUCCAGAAAACAAUAUAAAGAAUGAAGAUUUGUUUAAACCAACCAGCCUCAUCAGGCUCAGGCAGAUCCUGGUUUACAACGUUUGAUUUUAACACUGAACAUCCACAUUUUCCCUCAGGGACAGUUGGAAAGGUUCAUUAAACCGUAACCUGGAUGUGUUGCAAAGUUUUACCAGCUGGACUAAACUGUGAUGAGUUCUAUGAGGUCAGAACUUCCAUCCAGGACACACCAGUGCUGGAGUCACAUGAGAACACUUGCUGCCUCCUUUCUUUCUCAUCUACUUUAUUGACCUUCUUCAAUCUGUGCAGACUUGUUUGCAAGGUUUCUCCAACAUGUGAGUCCAGUUUUUGGUUCUGAAACAUGUUUCCUCUUGUUGUGUCUGGAACAGUCACAGAUCAGUUUUAUUUAUUUGCAAUCCAAACUUUUUGUUUUCCUGUAAACAUAUCUAAAUAAUCUGUAUGUAUACUGUGUAAAAAGCGCAGCGAGAGAAAUCUUCGGAUAUCAAAAAUGUCCACAUUUCUUUUGCAUCGCCUGAUCUCAGGACCCAAAUCAAUGAGGAUUUGGACCUCUGACUGAAACCUGAAUGCAGCAUUCAUCCCUGUAAGGGAUGUCUGUACAAAGCAUCUCUCCUUCAGAUCAAAUGAGUUGAUGAUGAUGAUGUAACCUGGUUUACUAAGCAUAUUUUCCCGACUUGAGUUUUCUUAUAACAGGACUGAGAAGACUAGACGCACGGCUAGAAACUUUAUUUUUUCCUCCUGGAAAAAAGUUGACUUGAGCAGAAAAUCCUGAAAACUGCAACUGCACAAGUGUCAGAAACCGGAAACACAGGAGUCUUAUUCUCUCUGCAUGUUUCUUUUUUUUUUAAACUUCUAACUCUAAAAAUAAUUAAGUGCUCCUGAUUUUCUUGUUUAUGGUGAGGCAUGUCUGAAGUCUCUGGAAACUGACGAAAUAAAGACAACUUGUUAAAGUGUGUGUGGAAAUGUCAAGAGG